UUUACUUUUGAUUUUAGAGAUUUACAUUACGCAAGCUUCGUGGUAACCAAGGCAACACGCGCUGUCAUUCGAAAAAAAAUGUCAAAGUUUCUGAAAGUGAUUCCUUGUUGUUCUUGCUGUAAUAGCAGUAGUAAAGAAGAACCUGUUAGUGUCAAAGACAAUGAAGUAGAUAAUGGAGAGCAAUGCAAUCAAAAAGACUUACAGAGGAGAUCUUGUGGCAGUACUACAGAGAGUAGCUUGGAUGUAAGGAGAAAACAAAGCAUUGUGGGACCUACAAAGCUGUGGAAAUUCAAUUUAAGACAAGUUGCCGAGCACUUGACUAAAAUUGAUUCGGACAUGCUGAAAUCAAUUUGUAUAUUAGAACUACAAAAUGGAAACUGGAUGAAGAAAGACAAGGAAAAGCUGUCUCCUAAUAUCAUAGCAAUGAUUAAUCAGUUCAAUCAGUUUGCAUAUUUUGUUUGCACUGAGAUUGUGACAGAGGAGGCACUUAGCACAAGAAUCAUGAUACUCUCAAACUACAUCAAACUAAUGGAACACCUCCAAAGGCUUCAUAACUACAAUGCAAUGACAGCCAUUAAAGCAGCCCUAACAAACACAGCCAUCCACAGGCUCACAGACACAUGGAACGGACUUUCAAAAAGGCAGAAAAAAAAAUUUGAUGAGUUAUCUGACAUCCUAUGCCUUGUUAGCAAUGCUAAUGGUAUACUGGAUGAUAUGGUUCGAUUCUCUACCACCAAUGUACCUUGUGUGCCUUAUCUUGGGUGGCUACUGCAUAUAAUUGCUAGAUGGCAAACGUACAAUAAAUUGGUCAAGAAGAGUGGAAAGUCACAUAGUUUGGCAAUAGUAGUACCGGCAAUAACUGUAGCUAGCAACAAAAACGAGGAUAGUGGGGUUGCAUAUGCAACACUAAGUGAAGAAACCACAUUAUCUAAUGGCAAAGGAGCUACUGGUGAGAUUGAUAAAGAAUUACCAGAUGAAGAGGAGGUGGCAAUAGAUGAUGAAGAGGACAAAGAAGACCAAGAUACAGCCAAUAGUGAGACUACAAAAGACAAAAGAGCUAAGGAUGAACUGGAAGGAACAAAAGAAGUGGCUUUAUCAUCUGCAGGAGCUGAAAGUAUAACAAAAAGUGAAACUGAAAUUGAAACUGCAAGACCAAAAUUAGAGAGUAAUGAUGAAUCAAAUACUGCAGAAUCAUCUCGCAGAGAACUAAUGCUGGAUGAAAUGGAUACUAAAACAAUGUUAGAUCCAGAUGAAUUUGUUCCUAUCACUGAAGCAGAUAUAAUGGAGUCACUGAGUGUGACACGUGAAAGGUUUCCAGUGAGAAAUGAAGCCUCUGUACUGGUCAUGUUUCAAGACUUUCAAAGAAAUUGUCUGUUGUAUGAUGAAAAAAAUCUUGUCAGGCAACCAGAAAUGGAUGCAGUGUUCAAUAACACAACAAUUUUGAAUGAUGAACAGCUCCUCUUGAUAUCUUACAAGUGCAAACCUAAAAAUGAUAGAGUUCCAUGAACUCUUCAAUUUCUUUUGUUUUCUCACUCAG